AUGUACGUGAUUCGGUCUGCACUGCGAGCGUCCACCAAAAGACCUCCAGCGCGCUUUGUUCGCGGCCGCCGCUACCCAUUGACACCACGGUUACGAACACUACAUACGACUCGCCCACUUGCUCAAGCCUCCAAUCCCCCGCCAGCGCCAAAUAGCACGCCAGCCGACCAGGAUGGCGUUAACAAGACGGACCGAGAAAAGGCAACAGCCACCGAUGAACCUGCAGACGGUACGGUAGCGUUGGAUGACCCCGAGGUGCUCGCGCAGAAGCUCCAGCGGUCGCGGGAAACUUCGCGCCGCUAUUCGGCUGCUUUGCGACGCCAACAACGAGGGAAGAAGGCCGAUGGGCUGCCGCCUGUGCUCUUGCCCAAUUGGUUCCUAAAGAGGAGAGUCCUACGCCGCCAAGACUUGCCUGGAGACUCACACGAUGCAAAGUCACCCACACUUCUGUCGGUUGCAGUGACUCAUACAAAGUCUGGCGAGCAGGCUGCAUGUACUAUCCCGGCUGGAUUCAACCCAGAAACGGCCCAGAUUCUCUCACGACUAGUGCGUGGUCUGUGGAGUUGGCGUUUGGACGACCAUGAAAAGGCAAAGGUAGAGCAAUACCUGGAGGGGAAGUGGGGUCUGCACGACGAGGCCUCGCACAGCUCACCUCCACCAAACAACGAGCCAGUGGCCAACAAGGAUAACGGACCCAAGACUGAGCCUCUCGAUGAGGCAUUGGCAAGAUGGAGCAAGUUCCGAGAGGCUUCUACGAUAAGGGAUGCUGCUAGGAUGUUGACAGAGUUGGAGACUGGCAUUUCUGGACGAAUAUCUCCAUUGAUCGCUGCGGAAAUCCGAGCCACUAUCGCCGCGUCUCUUGCAUCGCUGCAGCCAGCAAUAGGCAACUCAUUUCCUGCUACCAAAACAAACCUCAUCCUUCAUUCACCCACGCCUGAGCACGAAGCCUCGAUAGAUGCAUGUGUAAAGUCUUGUGCGUUUGAAUUGGGGUCCGAUGUCAUCGUGUUGGAGGCUCAGGACCUCGCUCGGCUCGCCGGAGACUACUUGGGCGAAGGCGCAGAACCAUCUCCUCGCUCCAUCCGCUCUUUAGGUUACGAAACGUAUCGAUUGAAUUCAGAUCUAAAUAAUUUUAGGGCGGACAAGGGAGACGCAGAGGAUGCAUCCGCUGAAGAAGAAACAGAUUGGUCUCAACCCUCGUCCAUGGACCAGCCUGAUCCCAACUCAGCACGCUCUCGUAGUCCGCUUUCCAUCUUUGCCCUCACGCCUGUCUUCCGAUUCAUGUCCCAGGACGCCAAGAUCCAGCAAGUCGGUUCUGGAAAUCAGUAUGGGACAUCAGCUGGUGCUACCAACGACGAGUCUGGACGGACACAAAGUCAGAGCGAAUUGCAACUCGAGGAUAUGAAGCUAGCCAAUUUCUUAGAGGCUUUAAUCGAUUCGAAUGACAUGAAACAAAUUCGUGGCAUUGUCGGCAACGACAUCUCACCCCCACGUAGCCAUUCUGAUCGUCUGUCAACAUCUCCAAAGGGGCCUGCCUUUUUUGACUAUUCCUUGGCCGAGGACGGUGCCCAUCUUGAAUUAAACUCCUCGUUGCCGGUUUCGGCGAGGCCGGAAAUUAACUUGCAGGUCAAGGUUGGCUCGUCAUCAGCAAAUCUCAAUGUUCCGACAAAGUCGAAGAUUAUUUAUGUAAAGAAUUUCAAGGAACUAAAUGCCACGUACCACGGCGGCCGCAUCAUCCAAAAACUCGAAGAACUCGUUCGCAAGCGGCGUAUUGCUGGCGAGAGCAUCAUGAUAGUUGGAAGCACUUGUUCACGCGAGCUCACUCCUGAGCUAACGACCAGUGGAGUCAUGGGUCUACAGAGCGAAGGCGAGAGUGGUGUUUUUAGGACCAUUGUUGUUACUACAGAUUCUGAACGAACCGGCAUGGAGGAGAAUGCUGCAAGGCUGAUGCUUCCUGAGCCAUCUUUCGACCAUGUACCGCCAGAAAUGAACAGAUUCCGACGCAUCAAUCUGAUUCACAUACAAGACAUGCUCCGAUCCUUGGACUCGUCUGCCGCCGCCAGUAUCUCAGACAUGGAUGAAAUUUCCGUAAAGUUCGGACAAUGGGCACGCAUCUUUUCGGAAUCUGCCUUUAAGCGGGUGCUAACAUACGAUGAGGUGCACAGAGUAGCGCUCACAGCGCUAGGCCUACUGAUCACAAGCCCAACGAGCAAGUCAGCAGCCUCUCGACAGGAACCAGCGCAACUUAGCUGGGCACAUGUCGCGCUUGCCAUGGGCUUACUGCGAGCCAGUGAUGCGACGAAAUUUGUGUAUUUUGACAAGAUAGCAGAGAUGCCCAAGCAAUCAAGAAAUUCGUUCCACAUACUGCAAGGCAAGACAGAGGCCGACUUGGCCAAAAAGCGUUUGGGAGAAAAGGCUAAGCGACAUCAACAAAACAUGCAGCGCAUUACAGCCGCGGCUACCAAAUGGGAAAAGCGACUUAUACCAGGCAUCGUGGAUGCAGAUCAAAUCAAGACGACUUUCGAUCAAGUACACGUACCGGUGGAGACGGUGGAUUCGAUACGAACCAUUACAUCAUUGUCGUUGCUCCGACCAGAGGCGUUUAGCUACGGUAUCCUUGCAACCGAGAAGAUCUCGGGUGCGCUGCUAUACGGGCCUCCAGGUACCGGCAAAACACUCCUUGCUAAAGCCGUCGCAAAAGAGAGCGGUAGCACGGUGCUUGAAGUUUCCGGCAGCCAAAUCAUGGACAAAUACGUUGGUGAGGGUGAGAAGAAUGUCUCAGCUAUCUUCUCGCUCGCACGCAAGCUCUCGCCCUGCAUUGUCUUUCUCGACGAAGCAGAUGCCGUCUUCGCCUCGAGAGAUGCAAUGCAGGAACGCGUAUCCCAUCGUAAUAUCCUCAACCAGUUUCUGAAAGAAUGGGAUGGCCUGAAUGAUUUGUCGGUCUUUGUCAUGGUAGCUACGAACCGGCCGUUUGAUCUCGAUGACGCUGUUAUUCGCCGGCUACCAAGACGUUUACUCGUUGAUCUGCCGACGCAGGCGGACCGCAAGGAGAUUCUGAAGAUUCAUCUCAAGGGCGAGCUGUUGGAUGCGUCUGUGGAUUUGGACGAUAUUGCUAAGCGGACACCGUUUUACAGCGGGAGCGACCUGAAGAAUAUCUCCGUCUCUGCUGCCCUAGCUUGUGUCAAGGAGGAGAAUGAACAUGCCGCCAAGGCCGCUGCGGAUGUUGUUGCAGGAAACGACGAUGUGGACGCUCCUGCCGAGUCUUCCACAUCACAUCCAGAUUCAACACCAGCCCAGCCACAGCCCAAAGCAGCACUCCACCUCGUUCCCGGCCAAUCCUACAAAUUCCCUGAUAAACGUGUUCUACACGCCCGCCACUUUGACAAGGCACUCCAAGAAAUCAGCGCUAGUAUCAGCGAGAAUAUGUCGAGUCUGAAUGCAAUCAAGAAGUUUGACGAGCAGUACGGUGAUCGACGGGGCAAUAAGCGGAGGAAGGACUUUGGGUUUGGUGUCAUGGGUGAGCGGAACGAUAGUGCUGCUAGGGUGCGGAUAUAG